AUGGCUUCAGCUACUUCCUUCCGCGAACUCAUCGGCGUCCAGCCCUCCAGCGCCAGUCCCAGCGACAGCGUGCUGAUCAUCAUUGACGCCCAAAACGAAUAUGCCGAAGGCAAGCUUCAAGUCACCAACGUUUCUGAAUCUCGCAAAGCCAUCGCCGCACUCCUAGAGAAGUACCGAUCUGCGAACGGAAGUAUCGUACACGUCGUGCAUGCUACCCCAGAGGGCGCCCCCGUUUUCACUCCAGGAACAAAGCUUGCAGAGGAGUUUGCUGAGCUCAAGCCCAGAGAUGGAGAGGCGGUGGUCCAAAAGAACUUUCCUGGAUCCUUCGCCCAGACAGAUCUCCAGGAAAUCUUGGAUAAGACGGGCAAGAAGAAGGUUGUUCUUACUGGAUAUAUGGCCCAUGUUUGUGUCUCGACUACUGCGCGACAGGCUGCUGAGCGUGGCUUCGAUGUUUUGAUUCCCGAAGACGCUGUUGGUGAUCGAAACAUUCCUGGUGUUGAUGCUGAGCAGCUUGUUAAGGUUGCUCUGAGCGAGAUUGGCGAUGCGUUUGGAACUAUCAUCAAGAGCAGCAGCAUUGCUUAG